CACCACCCAUCCACACCUGCUGCACGCUCGCGAACACCGCUGCCAUGGCCACCAACAAGGGCAGCUUCGCACAGCGCGUGGCCUCCAUGGCUUCCACAAUCGAGAAUUGGGACGACGAUGGCGAUUUUCAGGGCGACAUCUUCUCCACCAGGUCCAUAUCCACGAUGCAGUCCAUGUCGUCUCGCGUUUCCGUGCGCUCUGAAUCCAACACCGGCGAGGACGACUGGCAGCUCCUCAUCGCCCCGAACGAUGAAUUAUCAACACUCAACGCCAUCACAUCUGCGAAACAGGCCGGCAUCCCAAUACCCACCAGCGUUCCGUCCUCUGCGCUGCUCGGCGGGUCGAUAAAGCGACUAGGGAAGAAGAAAUCAAGUCGCAAAAUUGUAGUUGACGACGACUGGGGAGACGAUCUCGAGCUGCCAUCGAAUUCUACCGGGGGACUGAAGCUCAAGGCGCCCGUACCGCGCACCCCAGCCGAGGACCCGGAUGACUUCGACGACUGGGGCGAGGGUAGCUUGGGGAUCCGGUUUGGAGGAACGAGGAGGGAGGCACGCGGCGGUCGCAGUUCAUCCGUCUCUGCAAUGAGUCCGAGUAUGGGCAGCUGUAUGACACUCGAGAGCGAAGACGACGAUUUAACAGGCUUGAUGCUCCCAAACGAGCCUCUCGACUUCCAUGCUCGGCUUGAAAAGCUCAAGAAAACCGAGCACACCACGCCCGACGUCUCACCACUACCACCCCAACAGAAACGCGAGCUACCGCCUACGUCGGUCCCUGCUCCUCCUGCUUCUGAUGCAUCAUGGUCCUCUCCCCUGUUCGAAAACGUACCUUUGGCCGCGCAGCCCCCACAAGAGGUCAAGCCCAAACCUGUAGAGGAAGAAGAUUUCCUCGAUGGCCUUGAUCUUGGCGCCGACGAGGGUCUAGAUACUAAGAAACUCACUCUCAAUCGCAAUGUCGUUGUCAAGAAGCAAUCCUCUAAACCGACCGCUCCUCCCGCUGCCCGACCCGCGACUACCCUAACCUUUACCGACAAGCCAUCCGCAUCCAGGAUACCAAGACCCCUCCCGUCAUCCAGCCGCACGAGACUGACUCCAGUUUAUGAGACGGGUGCUUCAACAAUCGGCCCUUCGGCGCUCGGCCAGAAUCGACCUAUGCCUACCACCACGAGCGCACAGCUCCUUCGAGCAAAGCGCUCGGCGCCCGCCCUUCGCAGCGGCAACAACUAUAACUCUGGCCCUCGACCACCUGUCCCGUUCCUACCAGCGGGUAGCUCCAGUUCGCAGUCCCAUCACAUCACCGCUAGGAGCUCGCAUGUCCAACUGCGCCGAGAUUCAGAUCCGAACCGACCUCAUUCUCCAUCGAUGACGAGGUCGCAUUCACGCAUGUCCGCGAAUAGGCCUCCAGAUACUCCGAGUCGCACAGGAAUGCGAAGAGAUUUGGCGUCAUCCACCCUUGCUCGUGAGGCUACUUCGAAACGCCCCCUUACUAAGCCCGUGACCAAAAAGACUUAUGGUGACGGAAGCGAGCUAGAAAUCUUCGACGACCUCCCUACUUCUGCUACCAAAGAAAGGCAAUUUGAGAAAGUACCCCGGAAUACUCAAAGUACCAGGACUCUCCGACAACAGCCAAGUAUCUCUCGUUUGCCCAUGCCAGACCGAAUGGCCACACCACUUCCUCAAACACCCAGGAGCCCAACAAAGCCUGAUAGCACACCGCGAUUUGCACGAGAUACUGCAGCAAGCCGCAUAGCACGAGAACAACGUCUGGCAGGUACAAGGUCACGGGGUGAUGGGCCAAUCGCACCGAUGCACACCAACUGGAAAGCGCAAGUUGCUGCUCGAAGCCCUCACGCAAGCCCUACUACCCAGCGAAAGAGGGGUACAGGACAGAAACCAAUGUUGAUCAAAGGAUUGGCGGCACCGAUGCGAGAGAAGACUGAGAAAGGAAUGACAUACAACCCCAUAUUGCAACGCUGGGAAGGUAACGAGGAUGCUCUCGCUCCCUUCUCACACCCUAAUACUUCUACGACUACCCUCGCCCUUACGACUGCGAGUACUCCUACCUUUGCCCCACCUAACCACAGCUUUUAUUCCCACGACCGAUCACAUUCUAUUUCGCAUACUGCAUUAUCGGCCGUGCAUGCUGCGGCGCAAAAGUCAGUUUCCUCCCGCGCUGUGAAAGUGGGCGCGCCGUCCCCACCACGGCCGGCAUUGAUCUCGAACAUUUCAAAUGCACGUGGUGUGCAAGUGGAGAAAGGAAUGGUGUUCGAUCCCGCGAAGAUGUGCUGGCUGAAAAUGCCACGCAAGUCUGGCGACGCUCAUUCUCCAUCUUUUGAUGUGGAUGAUGAAGAAGAUCCUUUCGCAGGUCUUGAGGACCUCAAAGACAACACUAUCCCUGGGCCCAGCGCUUCACUUGCCACCGGUAACGUUUCUGGCGGCACUCCCAACCCCGAAGAAGCUACCUUCGUCGGCGAGGAAUUCGACCUUGGCCCUAGCUUCAUCCGAAGACAACGAGAAGAGGAGAACGUGUGGCGCCGCCGAGUGGAAGGCUGGGUCGGUGGCAUUCGCGACAAUGGCGAGAGUAAGAACGGCGGUUGGAGAUGGGAGAUACGGUCACUCGCCCAGCAAGGGGCUGCCGGCGCAGCAGGCGCAUUAAGGCGAUAAUGACUGUGGUGUACCAUACACACAUUGUAUCAUGACCUUUACGACUGCAUGGCCGAGGGGUUCGGCGUACAAGCGGCGUUUGCACAAAACGACUGAGGCUUCUGGGUCGUCUUUCCUAAGAUAUCCUCUGAGUGUCAUGUCGGGCGAUUCGGUUGUUGGAUGACCGCGCCUCACUCUUAUGAUGGAUUUAUGAUUCAUGAUUUUGGGAUGACAUUUUACGAGCUGCCGUUGCUCUUGAAUAGAGGCAGGCUUCAUUGCAUGAUUUUGGGAAGUAGAAUUGAUGAGUUUAUGUUCAGAUGCAAGUAGUUUGGUGUGAUUGGCUUGAUGAAGUUUCCUUCAACUGUUUCUUAGAGUGCUUCCUAGACACUUGGGCGCUAAUCGUAAUGGCAGGAGGACGUGGCAGUGCUAAUAAUGUUGAUAGUGGCAAUGCUGUACAUUAGGUGUAGUCGAAAUAUUGCGGCGGUGAUUGGAGGAGGGGUA